AUGCCACCGUCGAGGCAGUCAAGAGUCGACGUAGACUUGAUGUCGAUGAAUGACAGACUACUUCAAGCAGAAACAGCCCUUGCAGCUCAACAAGACGGCUCCUCAAGAGCUUACCCUCCCAUAGUCUCGCAAAGCAUCUCUAAUAACGAAAGUACCACAUGGCCCAACUCUAUUCCUUCGGUCAGCACGUUCUCGCCUACUGAGAUCAGCCAGUUCUUUCAGCAUUCGUCAAGCGAUCCUCCAGCAACAUCAAGCAGUCUCCAGGAGACCAAUGCCUUUCCGCUCAACGAUCCAGUGGCAUGGGACAUAUCGAAUAUGAUGGCAACGGAUAUCCCGGAAGCCUGUGGAACAAGUGAAUUGUUUGCAUUCGGUGGAGAAAAGAUAGAUACCUCAGACAAAGGCUACUCGAGUGAAUCUUUGAGUCAGUGGCCCAGUGUGGACAGUUCGAGCUCGAGCGAUCAAUCGAGGAUACAUACGACACGGGGUACGAGGAUUGAUGCAUAUGAGACUGUUCCCCAGAAUGUCAUGAAGGACCUAUACCGACGCUACUUCGACGCAAUCCAUCCCUCCAUUCCCAUGAUCGAUGAGUCAAGAUCCCCCUCCAGCACAGACGAUAUCCACGUCCCCCUCGAGUCACUCGGUCUGAGGUACGCUAUGUGGGCUCAUGCGGCGGCGUUGUCACCAAUAUACUCCAACUUGAAAGAGCGGUUCUACCAGCAAGCGAGGGAAUGUGUCGAAGAUUCAGAGGUGGAGGUGUCUGGCGGCUCCAUGACAAUCGCUGCUCUUCAAACACAUAUCCUUCUUGCCUUGUACGAGUUCAAAGAGACCCUGUUCCCGCGAGCAUGGACCAGCGUAAGUCGUGCGACUUGGCUGGCACAGAUGCUGGAGUUACACAAGAUGGACCCAAAAGUCUCUUCGAAACGAGUUGCUUCCUUUGAAACAUAUCUCCAUGAGACUAGUGAUCCCGCUGAGCUCAAAGAAAGGGCGACAACGUUAUGGGCAGCGUACGGUCUUCACUGCUUCAUUGGUGUAGGUGUAGGAUGGAACACAGGCUGUAUGUUAGACGUUAGAGAGAUCACCACGCACAUACCGGCACACGAUUCCUACGUCAACGCUUUUUCGAGGUCACUCACACUGAAAGAUGCUCUGAGUCUUCCCGCUACCUGGGUACUUUCUCCCUACCAGGGCAUGGUAGUUGUGGCCAACAUCUGCAUAUGCUGUCUCUCACACGUCAAACAGCUACAGAGAGAAAAGUUGCUCGACAAUUUCAGCUAUGACUUUUGGACGGAACAUCAUCAUCUGGACGAAACGAUUCAAUAUGCGUCUACCAACUCAUUGGCACAUUUGGUCGCCGCAGAUUUCGUGACUGAACCGAAUGUCUUAUCUCUCAAUAUAAUUCUUCAAGCCACAAUCAUUUGCUUACACCAAGCUGUGAUAGCCAAAGCGGGAAGAACAAACACCUCAGCUAGACAUAUCCCUCGAAGUGAGGACGAAUGCAUCAAAGCAGCAACGGAACUUUCGGCGAUGAUGCGACUCGUGACCCGGGCAAAUGUAGUCAAGAUGAAUCCGUUGAUCCCCUGGGCCAUAUACGUCGCCCUCCAAGUGAUCUUCCGGAGAUCCCAGCGCAAGUCUAGUGUCCCCGAUAACCAAGCUUCUACUAUCUUCCUAGCACGUCCGCCCCGAGGGAAUGGCAGUCCCACCUCGUCGAGGCAUACUUCUGGGAAGUUCAAAGCCAACGCAGAGGAGCAGGCCGACGACUCGUUGAACGACGCCAAAGCACUGGAUUCAAUGCACUUCCUACUGUCUACGCUUAUGGAGAUGAGGGUGUCGAACCCUUUGGCUAAGGUCCUCGAGGGACAGAUCAGCCAGGAAAUGGCAGAAGGGCGAGCAAUGACGCGAGAGCGGGUCGUGGGUCUUGUGAACUUUCCACUGGCACAUCCCAGCACCAGAAGUGGCGAAAACGGUAACGACAUGGAUACAUCCUUUCCAGCCUGA